AUGCAGCUCCCGGCGGGCCCGGCCGCCCUGGCCGCCCCCCUGCUCGCCCUCCCGGUGGCCCUCGGUGUCAGCGCUCGGCCCCGAUCCCACAGCAGCCCCCCGGCGCUGGCCCUGGCCCUGGUCCUGCUGCUCCUCGGCCUCGUCUCCCUCCUCAUCCUCACCGGCGGCGUCGGCCUCAUCCAGGACCCCCUGUUCUGCUUGUUCGUGGUGUUCUCCUUCGUGUCGGCCGUGGAUUUGCUGAUCGCGCUGGAGGAGGACGGGAUCAUCUCGGGCUUCACGGAGCUCUACGUGCGGGAGGGCGAUCCCCACCUGCGCACGGCUCACGGGCUCCUCACCUGCUACUGGGACGGCGCCGUGCACUACGGGCUGUGCCUGGCCAUGGCCGGGGCCGCGGGGCGCAGGAAGAGCUACCGGGGGCUGGGUCUCUUCUGGCUGGGCUCGCUGCUGAUGAGCGCCGUGGUUUUCCUGCUGGGCAACCUGAUCGGGAAAUACAGCCCCGAGCUGAGCCCGUCCUUCCUCCUCAACCUGCCCUACCUCCUCCUCCUCACCUGGGCCGGCCUCCGGCUCUUCCAGCAGCCGCGGGCGCUGCCGAGCCUCAGCCCCGAGCAGAUUGCAGAGGAGCAGCGCAAGCCCCUCUACCAGCGGCCCUGGGACCUGCUCCUCAUCCUCAUCCUCAUCCUCACCGCAGCCUUCACCUUCUUCAGGGGGAUGGUGGUCCUGGACUGCCCGGCCGACUCCUGCUUUGACUACACCUACCUGCACGAGCCCUACCUGCGCGACCCCGUGGGCUACCCCAAAGUGCAGAUGCUGAUCUACCUGUUCUACCUGCUGCCCUUCCUCUUCCUCGCCAUCUACGGGCUGGCCCUGCCCGGCUGCUCCUGGCUGCCCGACUGGAGCCUGGUGUUCGCCGGCGGAGUGGCGCAGGCUCAGUUCGCUCACCUGGGCUCCUCGCUGCACUCCCGCACGCCGUUCCCGUACCAGACCCCCGAGGAGGUGCUCUGGACUUUCCUUCUCUCCAACGUCCUGUACGCGCUGGGCCCGCAGCUGCUGGCGCUGCGCUGCCUGCGCUCCCCGGCCUUCUUCCUGCCCCGGGCCGGCCCGGGCCUGGCCCGCGCCAAAAAGUACCAGUGAC